CAUCUACGUCCGUGGAUCAAAUUACCAUUCUCGACCAUUACGACUAGCGACAGCAUCUUGACCGAUUGCUAAAAUCGCAAUUACCAAAUACUCUUGCCCCUUGUAUAAUACCGAUCUUAUAUUGGAUUGCUAUAAAAUUCAACGUGUAAUACGACAGUCUCUUAUCCCUUACCUGUGUGGAAUACUCACCCCCUGAAUCGACCUAUAACUUUCAAUUUGUUCAAGAGCUUAAUUCGGUCUUAACAUUCACUCUGUUCAAAUUCACCCCAAUGGCCACUGGUACCUCUUUAUAGCGCUACUUUAGGGUUGCAUUUCCUUGGCCCGCGGGCUCAUUCGUGGGGUGUUAAGCUCGUCUUUCAUAGAGGCAUCACGUACCACAUCUCGACUAUAAGCCCAUCAUAUCCUUCCAGCAACUACCCACGCUUGCUACUCUUACAAAUUCACUAUUGCCACGAUGCCUCAAUCAAGGCAAUUCGGCCAAAAAUUGGCAAAGGCCUUGGGCAUUAAACUUGAGGAUCCGGAUACGGACAACGUAACUAGAGGAGAGUCGGUCUUCUCGACGCACACCACGGACAGUUUCAUCGAGCAGCAGCCUACAAGUGCAGAAUGGCUAGCAGAGACUAUGCCCUCCGGGAAGGACAUGGCUAAUUACGUCAAAUCUCUAUUUCCCUUCCUAUCUUGGAUUGGAUUUUACAAUUUACAAUGGUUCCUCGGCGACCUUGUGGCAGGUAUAACUAUUGGUGCCGUUGUUGUACCCCAAGGAAUGGCAUAUGCCAAGUUAGCCAACCUUCCAGUGCAGUUCGGGUUAUACUCCUCGUUUAUGGGUGUCCUUAUCUAUUGGUUCUUCGCUACCUCUAAAGAUAUUACGAUUGGGCCUGUCGCUGUUGUGUCUACCGUUACUGGUACCGUCGUUUCAAAAGCCAUCAAGGAAUACCCAGAGUAUGCAGAUGAGCCUUGGGUCAUUGCCAGUGCUCUCGCUCUUAUAUCUGGCUGCAUUGUGCUUUUCAUCGGUUUGAUUCGAUGUGGAUGGAUCGUGGAGUUGAUACCUCUAGUGUCCCUUGCCGCUUUCAUGACCGGAUCCGCCAUCAACAUCGCCGCAGGGCAAGUCCCCACACUUAUGGGCAUCACCGGUUUCUCGACGAGAGAUUCAACAUAUUUGGUGAUCAUUAACACCUUGAAAAACCUUGGAAAGACCGAUCUAAAUGCAGCUAUGGGGCUAACUGCUCUUGCGAUGCUCUAUUUGAUUCGAUUUUCAUGCUCCUUUGCAGCAAAGAAAUUUCCGAACCACAACAAAUUAUUUUUCUUCUUAUCAACACUUAGAGCUGUGUUUGUCAUUCUACUGUAUACCAUGAUCAGUUGGCUGGUUAACAUGUACCGCCGUUCAAACCCGGCCUUUGCGAUCCUCAAGGACGUCCCUCGAGGUUUCCAACAUGCCGCUGUCCCAAAGAUCAACACAAAUAUUAUCCGAUCAUUUAUCAGCGAACUUCCCGCGACAGUCAUCGUUCUACUAAUCGAACAUAUUGCCAUCUCUAAAUCUUUCGGCCGUGUCAACAACUAUAUAAUCAACCCAUCGCAGGAGAUGGUCGCUAUCGGUGUGACCAACGUCCUCGCGCCCUUCCUUGGGGGCUAUCCAUCUACCGGUUCUUUCAGCCGUACUGCGAUCAAGUCGAAGGCAGGCGUUCGAACUCCUUUUGCCGGUGUUAUUACGGCGGUUGUGGUCCUCUUAGCGAUCUACGCACUUACCGCCGUGUUCUUCUAUAUCCCAUCCGCAUCUCUCGCCGCCGUUAUCAUCCACGCCGUUGGGGAUCUUAUUACGUCACCGAACACGCUUUACAAGUUCUGGAGAAUUUCGCCGAUUGAGGUCAUCAUUUUCUUCGUCGGUGUGUUCGUUACCAUAUUUUCGACCAUUGAAAACGGUAUCUACGCGACAAUAUGCAUCUCAUUCGCCGUCUUCAUAUUCCGUGUUUUGAAGUCGCAUGGAAGAUUCCUAGGUAGAGUACAGGUACAUUCUGUGAUUGGGGAUCACCUUAUCGGAAACGACAGCAACGUGGUGAGUGGAUAUGGAACAAUCGACGUCGAUUCCGCCCCUUCGCCGCCGACACGCAAUGUCUUCCUCCCGAUCGACCACGGCGAUGGCUCUAAUCCAGAAGUCGAGGUGGCCAGCCCCUAUCCGGGCAUAUUCAUCUACCGUUUCUCCGAGGGAUUUAACUACCCAAGUGCUAGUCACACUCUCGACUACCUCACAAGUCACAUCUUUGCCAACACGCGUCGCAAUAGAACAAACACCUACUCCCGUCCCGGCGACCGACCGUGGAACGACCCGGGCCCGAAGAAGGGACAGCAGGAAAACGACGAGCUCCCGACGCUAAAAGCCAUAAUCUUCGACUUCAGCUCCGUUAACAACGUCGAUGUGACCUCGGUGCAGCAGCUGAUCGACGUGCGCAACCAGCUAGACCGAUACGCAGCGCCAGACCCAGUAGACUUCCACUUCGCGUGCAUCAACAACCGGUGGACGAAGCGCGGCCUCGUCUCCGCCGGCUUCGGCUACCCGACGCCGCGCCCCGAACACGCGCGCUGGAAGUCCAUCUUCAGUGUCGCCGAGAUCGGGGGCUCCGAAUCCGCCGCGGCCGCCGCAGAACUCGAGGCCAGCGAGAAGGAAGGCGGCGUCUUACGAACAACGAUCAGCAGACCCGAUACCGAUACUAUCAGCCCGUCGCAGGACAGCCCCGGUCCUAGUAAAGCGUCGAGCAUCACGCAGUCGGCCGCGAAGAACAAGGCGCCAGAGUUCCUGACUCGUACUGCGAACGAGCCUAGGAAGGUCGUUGUUCAUGGCCUCAAUCGCCCGCUCUUCCAUAUCGAUCUUACGAGCGCGCUGCAGAGCUCUAUCGCUAAUGUUAGGGCGAGGGAGGAGGUUGAGGCUGCUGGGGGUGCGGAUAUUGGGGUUGAGGUUUGAGGUUGAGGCUGCGGUUGGGGAAGGAUUGUACAUAUUUACAUACAUGCAUGCAUACCAACACGAUUGGGUUUUGGGAUAGGAAACUAGA